AAGCAUUUUUCACUUUGCAACGUUUUUCUCGCGCUUUUUUCUCGGGAAAAUGGAAAAUUGGGAAAAUUUAGCAAUUGAGCAGGAGGAAAUGCUGGAUGUUUUCUCAAAACAAGUUGCUGAGCAGGUGAAUGAUGUGGAUGUUACGCUGGAGAAGGAUGAAGAAAUGGAAUGUGAGGAAAUUGGAGCGAUAGUGCCGACGACGACAAAAUCCUCAGAAGAAAAAGAAGAAGAAGUGCUUGUGCAACAGGAUGCUGAUGAGGGGAAUGUGGAGACAUUUCUCCUAGUUAAUGAGAAGGAUUGUGACAUAAAAUGCCAGAAUUGUGAGGAAUUAUUUGCGUGGGAACAAUUCCAGGAGCAUGUGUGUGAAUACGAUGAAUUCAGGAGGAAGAUUGAUGAGGAUACAGAUGAUGAAGAAGGCAUUCCUGGAUCUCCAGUUUUGGUGAUAGACGAAGAGGAACUUCCUUGCAUUGUGCAGUUGAAUGAGAAUAACAUCAGGCUUAAGAGAUUCAUCAAGGAGGAGUGCAAGAUUGACGUACAGCCUGUGCCGACGAGCAAGAAGGGAGAUGGCCCCCAUAAUUGCACUGAAUGCGAUCGGAGAUUUGUCCAUUCCUCGGGAUUGCUGCGUCACAUGGAGAAGCACACGCUGGAGAAUCUUCAGAGAUCCCAUCAGAAUGGCUCUGAAGUCAAUGACUACGACGUUGUGGUUCGAUGCACAAUCUGUGGGAGGGUCUUCCCAUCACCAAAGAUUGCCAGAAAUCACCUCGAAACUGAUCAUACAUCUGCCGAAAAUCCCCGUGAACCGUCCAAGGAGCCUGAGAAUUUUGUUGCAACUGAUAAAAAUUUUACCUUCACACUGGAUGUUCUUCGGGAAAUGGCCUAUGGGGACUCAAAUUGGGAUGCAAAGCCUCCGAGGAAUCCCCUCAAAGUUGUCACACUUCCCUUUGUGCUUCAGUGCGAAUUCUGCGAGUUUGUCUUCAUGGAUAAGAAAGAUCUGCUCAUGCAUACAUCGUGCCACAGCCCAAAGUUGGGAUUUAUCUGCACCAGAUGCGAAGUUAACUUUCACACCAGCAAGGAUAUCCUGGGGCAUUGGCAGUUUGAUUGCCCCUUUAUGCGAGAAGCCACUGAGGAUCAAAUUAAACUGCAGAAAUACUUCCUCUGCAAUGUUUGUUCCCAGAAAUUUGCCACUCUUGAUGCUCUCUACACUCACAGGUACAAAACCGUCCACUUGUUCCCUCGAAUGUGCCACAUUGAAGGGAUUCUGUUGAUUAUGUGCGAAUGCUGUGGGCUCUUCUGCAAAAGCGCCGCUCAGAUAGUGCAGCACUACGAAGAGAAGCAUCUGCGGAAGCCCAAAAAGGAUGUUGCCCCAAAGGAUCGUCAAUACCUCUGCGAUGUCUGUGGGAAAUCCUACACACAAUCCUCACAUCUCUGGCAACAUCUCCGCUUCCAUCGUGGCGUGAAACCCUUCAUGUGCCGCGAGGAUGGCUGCAACAGGCGCUUCACCAUUCGCCCAGAUCUCAAUGAUCACAUCCGGAAGUGUCACACCGGAGAGCGCCCCUAUCACUGCACUGAGUGCGGUAAACGCUUCCUAACGGGCUCUGUGUUCUACCAACAUCGUCUCAUUCAUCGUGGAGAGCGCAGAUAUGGAUGUAAUGAGUGCGAGAAGCGCUUCUACCGAGCUGAUGCACUGAAGAACCACCAGCGCAUCCACACAGGUGAGAAACCUUUCGGGUGCAAAUUCUGCAACAAGAAAUUCCGACAGAGGGGUGAUCGUGAUAAGCACAUAAAAUCUCGCCAUGGGGUUAACAUUAAUGUAUCCAAUGAGAUGCAAAUUGGGGGGGAAGCAAAUCAGCCUGGACAAGACGGUGGAUCCGUAUUAAUUGGGGAUGUAUCUUUCCCCCGGAGUAUGUUUGUCCCGCUAAUGGAAGACAUUGAUAAGGAAUAAGGGAGCUUUUAGAAGACUAUUGAUUCCUUUCUUACCUAAUAUUUGUGCAAUUAGAUUAUAAAAUAAUUCUAAAA